AUGCGCCCCGCGGAAGGCAGCCACUUGCCUGGCAUUUCUGGCCCCGGGACGCAUGAAUGGGGUUUUUGUCGGGCAGGUGAGAUCCGACGGCGGGCAGGUGAGAUCCGACGGCGGGCAGGUGAGAUCCGACGGCGGGCAGGUGAGAUCCGACGGCGGGCAGGUGAGAUCCGACGGCGGGCAGGUGAGAUCCGACGGCGGGCAGGUGAGAUCCGACGGCGGGCAGGGCUUUCGGGGCUGGGACGUUGCGAGCAGGCCACCUGGUCUUCCUUCCACGUCAGUCUGGUGGCCGAUUCUGGCCGCCUGCCUUUGGAGUGGCAGCCGAGUGCUGACCCCUGGCACCCUCAGACCUGUCCCAGCCUCAGCAUGUGCCUCAGCGGGACGAGGAGGUUCCUGUUGCUGUACGCGACACAGCAGGGGCAGGCGAAGGCCAUCGCGGAGGAGAUAAGGGAGCAGGCGGCCGCCCGGGGCUUCUCCGCGGACAUGCACUGCAUGAGCGAGUUGGACAAGUAUGAUCUCAAAACCGAAACGGCCCCUCUUGUGGUGGUGGUCUCCACCACAGGCACCGGAGAGCCCCCAGACACGGCCCGCACCCUCGUUCAGAAGCUCCAGGACCGGGCGCUACCGGCCGACUGGCUCUGCCACCUGCACUACGGGCUGCUGGGUCUGGGCAACACCGAGUACAUGUACUUCUGUAAUGGGGGGAAGAUCCUCGACCGGCGACUGCAGGAGCUGGGCGCCCGCCGUUUCUACGACACAGGCCACGCUGACGAUUGUGUGGGUCUGGAGCUGGUGGUUGAGCCGUGGAUUGAUGGGCUCUGGGCCGCCCUCACCAAGCACUUCACGACUAGUCGAGGGAAAAAAGACUCGAGUGAGGCCCCCGCGGCCGCUCCCGGCGCCCCGAAGUCUGAGCCCCAGCAGCUGGCCUCUCUGCCCGUCCACUCCCAGAUCGCCCUUCUGCGCCUGGACACAGGCCCCCAAGUGGAUGCUGGGGCCUCGGAGGGAGACACGGCGGACGGACGGCGCAGCGACCCCCUGAUUGAGGAGAUGGAACCGUCCCUCACCCGCUCGGCACCCCCUCUCUCGGAGGCCUCGCUCAGCGUCCCCGCUCUGCCCCCUGAGUCCCUGCAGGUGACGCUGCAGGAGGCCCUGGGCCAGGAGGAGAGCCAGGUCCCUGUGACCUCGGCGGGUCCUGUCUUCCAUGUCCCGAUCUCUAAGGCGGUGCAGCUUACGGCCAACGACGCAGUCAAAACCGCCCUGCUGCUGGAGCUGGACAUUUCGAAAACGGCCUUUUCCUAUCAGCCUGGGGACGCCUUCCACGUGCUCUGCCCCAACAGCGACGCCGAGGUCCGCGGCCUGCUGCAGAGGCUGCAUCUGGAGGACAAGAGCCAGCACUGCAUCCUGCUGGAAGUCGUGGGGGACACGCGCAGGAGAGGAGCGGCGCUGCCCCAGCACCUACCCCAGAACUGCCCCCUCCACGCCAUCCUCACCUGGUGCCUGGAAAUACGAGCAACCCCAAAAAAGGCCUUCCUGCGCGCCCUGGCUGAGUGGACGAGCGACGCGGCCGAGCGGCGGAGGCUGCUGGAGCUGAGCAGCAAGCAGGGGGCCGCCGACUACGGCCGCUUCGUGCGGGACGCCCGCCUGGGCCUGCUGGACCUCCUGCUGGCCUUCCCCACCUGCCGGCCUCCACUGCGACUGCUGCUCGAACAUCUCCCCCGGCUCCAGCCCAGACCGUACUCGUGCGCCAGCUCCAGCCUCUCUCACCCGGGGAAGCUGCACUUUGUGUUCAACAUUGUGGAGUUUCUGUCGCCCAUCCCGGCGGUAGCCCGACGGCGGGGCGUGUGCACGGGCUGGCUGGCCACGCUGGCGGCCACACUCCUUCAGCCAGAUGCCCUUGGGCCAGCUGCGGACGGCGGGCAUGGCCCAGCUCCCCAGAUCUCCAUCUCUCCUCGACCCAUAAACCCCUUCCGCUUCCCAGAAGACCCCUUAAUCCCGGUGGUCAUGGUGGGCCCGGGCACCGGCGUGGCCCCCUUCAUCGGCUUCCUGCACCACAGGGAGAAACUCCAGGAGCAGCGCCCGGGGGUGAACUUUGGGGCGACGUGGCUGUUUUUUGGCUGCAGACAUCGGGACCGGGACUACCUGUUCAGGGAGGAGCUCCAGCACUUCCUGCAGCAGGGGGUCCUGACCCACCUGAAGGUGUCCUUCUCGCGGGAGCCGGUGGGCGAGGACACAGCUGCGCCCAGGUACGUGCAGGACAAUCUGCGGCUCCACGCCGGCCAGGUGGCCCAGGUCCUGCUCCACGGGAACGGCUCGCUGUACGUGUGCGGAGAUGCUAAGAACAUGGCCAAGGAUGUGAGCGAGGCCCUGGUGGACAUGGUGAGUGCUGAGGCCGGGCUGCAGAGGCUGGAGGCGCUGCGGACGCUGGCCGCCUGGAAGGAGGAGGGCCGCUACCUCCAGGACGUGUGGUCAUAG